GGCUGGGAUGCUCCGAGAGCCGGAGCAGUCCCUCCUGUCCUUCCUAGGCAGGGGCCGAGCAGCCUGAGCCCUGCGGGCCCCGGCGGCCGCGCGGUGCUGCGGGGAGAGCAGGGGCUGACAGGACGGGGCUGCAGGGUGGGGAGAGGAUGAGAUGUCUCAUAAGGGGAUAUGCGAAUUACGAAUCUUUGGGCAAAGCCUUCCUGCCUGUGGAACGCGGCACCCGGCGUUGGUGCUCUGUGCCGUAGGUGCCUUCCCCUUGUCACGGCACUCCCCAUCGGCGUGUCCCGCAGUGCCGGGCCUGACAGCGGCACACUUGGGGUGCCUCACAGCUGCUUUUCUCCAGAGAGCACUUGGUGUUCCGUGAGCAGAUUUUGCACGUGUAGAAACAAAACUAUGGCCAUUUAUGCCAAUCUUUCCCCUACCGACAGCUGCAGAUGACAGCUGGCCGUGCCGAGUUCUGGGCAAAAGGCCCACACAGCCGCUGUGUGGAAGAGGCGGCCUGUGCCUGCCUGCCGCUGGUCAGAGAGUGCCACCCAUUUGCAAGUUAUUUUGUGCAAUAGAAAACCAGCUGAAGAUCUGUGGCUACAAGAACAAUGUGGAUGUCGUAGCACUGUAUCUGGCUAGACAAGGACUGAGAAAUGUCCCAAGUCUAUCACAGUUUCGCAGAUUAAAGUAUUUGUGGAUUAACAACAAUAAGAUCCAAGAUUUAACCUUCUUGAUCAAAAACUAUUACUUGACUGAACUCUAUCUCAACAAUAAUGAGCUGACAGAUAUAUCAGGUGCUCUGAAACACUUAUGUUCACUACAGACUCUUUUUCUUCACAACAACGAGCUAAAAAAACUUGGCAAAACAGUGAAGGAAUUGAAAGGAAUGAUAAGCUUGCAGACUCUAAACCUGUUCCAAAACCCUCUGGCAUACGAUCCAGACUACCGGCUCUAUGUGAUCCACUCCCUUCCUUCAGUUCAGCUCCUUGACAGGAAAGUAGUUACACAAAGAGAAAGGGAGUUGGCGCUUCAGCUCUACAGUCCCAAGAGGGCUUGGGUCCUGCAGUCAAUAGCAUUUGGGAAGAGAGUGGAUACACCCCUGGGGACUGCAAUGGGAUCCAGCAGAGGCACUCAACCAGCCACAAGACCAAUAAUGCCCUCAGGUCAUGAAUUUGGAAACAACACAAAUAAAGUACCAUUUGAGGACCCUGCAGAUGCGGUUUUAGUACGGGCAAUGACAAGAUCCCUAAUGGAAUUUUCCUCUGUGGACUGGAGGAAAGUAGGCACCUGUCGAGAAAGACGGCUUAAAAACAAAGCAGAAGAGCCCCUAGAGAAGCUGACAGUUCAGUUUAGAUGAGAAAAAACCAAUUUCUCUCUCUGAUGUUAAGCCCAUAAGUAGGUUAACAGCUCAAUAAAACAAGUACACAACACACAUCUAAUUA